UGGCCUUUUAAAAAUAGCAUCAAGCUGCAUGUCAUCUGAGCUCUGUGCUGGAGACAUGGCCGUGCAAUGGCAACCAUUCACGUGUUUUCACUCUGUCCAUGGUACGAAUGUUCGCAUCGACACUACAGGAACACAAGCAACAAGAGUUGAAAGCUUUGCUAAUGGGAUCUGCUUCAGCCGAGACCCACUGGAACCUGGCCAGUUGUUUUUGGUCGAGAUUGAGGAAAAAGAAUGGGGGUGGUGUGGUCACCUAAGAGUUGGUUUGACAGCUCGAGAUCCUCGCAGCAUGGAAGUUGUACCAGAAUAUUCACUGCCAGAUCUUGUCAAUCAAGGGGAUAGCUGGGUAUUCGCCAUAACACGAAACCAUAAUAAAGUGGUGACCGAGGAAGAAGAAAAUAGCCCUAGCUCGGGAAAAGGACUUCUAUCGGACCCUUACCUAAAAGUGGGCAAGUAUAAAAUUUCUCGUGACAAGCUGGUAGCACGAAGUAGGCCGGGCCGGUUUAGCCACAUUUUGGAUGACUUGUACAAAACCAAUGUGCUGCCACCUACAGCCCUCAGGAGCAGGAUUGGGGUAUUGUAUGAACCACAGUCAGAUGGAACCCGUCACAUGCACACCAUCAUUAAUGGGGAAGAUAUGGGUGCCAGUGUCCGUGGAAUACCAGCCUCACAGCCGCUGUAUGCCGUCAUUGAUGUCUUCGCCUCUACCAAGAGUGUUCGAGUGAUCCAGUUAGACUACGGAUUUCCAUCCCUGCAGACAUUGUGCCGCCUUAUCAUCCAGAAACAUAUGAUGCGCAGACUCGACAUUGAUCAGUUAGACCUGCCACAGUUACUGAAGAACUUCUGCAAAUUUGAGUGAAAUAUGUGGACACUUUAUACUGAUUAUAAGACGUAGAACUACAUAUGGGAAGAACAUGUUCCUUGCUUGGAGAUCACAUCGGCCAUUGCUCUGUUUUGUAACCAAUAAAUAUAAUUGCGGCUACAUUGGCAGUAUUAUAA